GGCGGAGCGGGGGGAGCGCCUUGGGCCGUUGCAGCCGUUGCAACCGUUGCAACCGCUGCAGCCGCUGCAGCCGAGCCCCGCCGUUGUCCUCCCCCGGCUGCCGCCGCCCCGGCCCCUGCAGGGGAGCGGGGAGACGGACCCCGAGCCCCCGCGCCCCAGGAAGACGGGGACGACCAGGAGGAAGAGGAGGAGGAGGAGGAGGAGGAAGGGGAGACCCAGGCCCGCCGCCGCCGACGCCCCGUGGAUCAGCCCCUGCUAAACCCCGGGACCGGCAGCAGCAGCAGCAGCAGCACUGCUGCAAUCCCCCAAAUCAUCCCCCCACCCGGAUUGCAUCCUUUCGGACGGAAUAUUCCUACCGGCGAUUUAAAAAUAAUUUUUGGACGGGUGGAUUUAUUAUAUCUAUCUAUCUAUUUUGCAUCCCCUCCACCCUUUCUGGCUAAUUGCACCUCCGGACCAUGGCCGACGACGACGUGCUGUUUGAGGAUGUGUACGAGCUGUGCGAGGUGAUCGGCAAGGGUCCCUUCAGCGUUGUGCGGCGAUGCAUCAACAGAGAAACUGGGCAACAAUUUGCUGUAAAAAUUGUUGAUGUAGCGAAGUUCACUUCAAGUCCAGGGCUAAGUACAGAAGGUAAGAGAUGGAUUUCAAAUCUGAAGAGGGAAGCCAGUAUCUGUCAUAUGCUGAAGCAUCCACACAUUGUUGAACUUUUGGAGACGUACAGCUCAGAUGGAAUGCUUUAUAUGGUUUUCGAAUUUAUGGAUGGAGCAGAUCUGUGCUUUGAGAUUGUAAAACGAGCAGAUGCUGGUUUUGUUUACAGUGAAGCUGUAGCCAGUCAUUACAUGAGACAGAUACUGGAAGCACUACGCUACUGUCAUGAUAAUAACAUAAUUCACAGGGAUGUAAAGCCUCACUGUGUCCUCCUUGCUUCAAAAGAAAACUCCGCGCCUGUUAAACUUGGAGGUUUUGGAGUAGCCAUUCAGUUAGGCGAGUCCGGAUUAGUCGCUGGAGGGCGUGUAGGAACACCUCAUUUUAUGGCCCCGGAAGUGGUGAAAAGAGAGCCCUAUGGGAAGCCUGUGGAUGUCUGGGGUUGUGGAGUGAUCCUCUUUAUCCUGCUCAGUGGGUGCCUGCCUUUCUACGGAACCAAGGAAAGAUUGUUCGAGGGCAUCAUUAAAGGAAAAUAUAAGGGGAUGCCACAGCUUCCGAGGGGAUCAGAGAGAUUUCAGAUGAAUCCCAGACAGUGGAGCCACAUCUCUGAAAGCGCCAAAGAUCUCGUGCGCCGUAUGCUUAUGCUCGAUCCAGCUGAAAGGAUAACCGUUUACGAGGCCCUGAAUCAUCCUUGGCUUAAGGAGAGAGACCGUUAUGCAUACAAGAUUCAUCUUCCAGAAACAGUAGAGCAACUGAGGAAGUUCAAUGCAAGGCGGAAACUAAAGGGAGCAGUACUAGCUGCUGUAUCAAGUCACAAAUUCAAUUCAUUCUAUGGGGAUCCACCUGAAGAACUGCCAGACUUCUCUGAAGACCCUACUUCCUCAGGACUUCUAACAGCCGAAAGAGCAGUUUCCCAGGUGCUGGACAGUUUGGAGGAAAUUCACGCCCUUACGGAUUGUAGUGAAAAGGAUCUAGAUUUUCUACACAGUGUUUUCCAGGAUCAGCAUCUGCACACGCUGCUGGAUCUAUAUGACAAAAUUAACACAAAGUCUUCACCACAAAUCAGGAACCCUCCAAGUGAUGCUGUCCAGAGAGCCAAAGAGGUAUUGGAAGAAAUUUCAUGUUACCCUGAAAACAAUGAUGCAAAGGAACUAAAGCGUAUUUUAACACAACCUCAUUUCAUGGCCUUACUUCAAACUCAUGACGUAGUGGCUCAUGAAGUUUACAGUGAUGAAGCAUUGAGAGUUACCCCUCCUCCCACAUCUCCAUACUUGAACGGAGAUUCUCCAGAAAGCGCCAAUGGUGACAUGGACAUGGAGAAUGUCACACGAGUGCGGCUGGUGCAGUUCCAGAAAAACACAGAUGAACCAAUGGGAAUCACUUUGAAAAUGAAUGAACUGAACCAUUGCAUUGUUGCAAGAAUUAUGCACGGGGGGAUGAUUCACAGACAAGGUACACUCCACGUAGGUGACGAAAUCCGAGAAAUCAACGGUAUCAGUGUAGCAAACCAAACAGUGGAGCAAUUGCAAAAAAUGCUUAGGGAAAUGCGGGGGAGUAUUACCUUCAAGAUUGUGCCAAGUUACCGCACUCAGUCUUCAUCCUGUGAGAGAGAUUCCCCCUCUACAUCCAGACAGUCCCCAGCUAAUGGUCCUAGCAGCACUAACAAUUCUGUUUCGGACUUGCCAUCAACUACCCAACCAAAAGGACGACAGAUCUACGUAAGAGCACAAUUUGAAUAUGAUCCAGCAAAAGAUGACCUCAUUCCCUGCAAAGAAGCCGGCAUCCGAUUUAGAGUGGGGGACAUUAUCCAGAUAAUUAGUAAGGACGAUCACAAUUGGUGGCAGGGUAAACUGGAGAAUUCCAAAAACGGCACAGCCGGUCUCAUUCCUUCUCCCGAGCUUCAGGAAUGGCGAGUAGCUUGUAUUGCCAUGGAGAAGACCAAACAGGAGCAGCAGGCUAGCUGUACUUGGUUUGGCAAGAAGAAGAAGCAGUACAAAGAUAAAUAUUUGGCAAAGCACAAUGCAGUGUUUGACCAAUUAGAUCUUGUUACAUAUGAAGAAGUAGUAAAACUUCCAGCAUUCAAAAGGAAAACACUAGUAUUAUUAGGUGCGCAUGGUGUUGGAAGAAGACACAUAAAAAAUACACUCAUUACAAAGCAUCCAGACAGAUUUGCAUACCCUAUUCCACACACAACUAGACCUCCAAAGAAAGACGAAGAAAAUGGAAAGAACUAUUACUUUGUGUCCCAUGACCAAAUGAUGCAGGACAUAUCCAACAAUGAAUAUUUGGAGUAUGGCAGCCACGAGGACGCGAUGUACGGGACGAAACUGGAGACAAUACGGAAAAUCCACGAACAGGGAUUGAUUGCAAUACUGGAUGUGGAACCCCAGGCACUGAAGGUCCUGAGAACUGCAGAGUUUGCUCCUUUUGUAGUUUUUAUUGCUGCACCUACGAUUACGCCAGGCAUUAAUGAGGAUGAAUCUCUUCAACGCCUGCAGAAGGAAUCCGAGAUCUUACAGAGAACAUAUGCACACUACUUUGAUCUCACAAUAAUCAACAAUGAAAUCGAUGAAACAAUCAGGCAUCUGGAGGAAGCCAUUGAGCUUGUGUGUACAGCACCCCAGUGGGUUCCAGUGUCGUGGGUGUAUUAGGCGCUCCCCCCAGAACAUGGGGGGGAUUUCAUCGGAACCGGGAGGCUCCUCACACUUGGGCGGGGAGGGGAGGAAAAAAAGAAGAACCUCUUCGUCCUAGGUCUUGUAUCAGCAGGUCUUGGCCCCUAGAGACUACCUAGAUGUGUGACCUAAAUUUAUAAUUAUUGUCAUGUCUGAAUAGAUAGGAGAGGAGAGAAAAAGCAAAUUAAACACUAAUUUAAAGAGACAGUAUCUUUUUUUAAUCAGUUCUCCUAAACUUUAAUAAAAUGUAUCUUUAAACUGUAUGUACUAUUCAAUCCUUCGGAAUGUUAUAUUUUUGGAAAUCAUAGCUUUUUAUUUCAAAGGCCCCUAAAAACUGCACAAAAAUAGAUGCUGCUUUCUAUAAUCUAUUUUAAUAAUAAAAAUGAUUCUGUUACCUUUACUUGGGGUGGAACACUACAUUCUUCUUAGAGUCUGAUUUUACGGAUUGGAAUAUCUUGCUUUUCCUUUAUUUAUUUGAAAUAAUUAGUCUAGUGAUUACAAAACCAAACUCAUCCAUUUUUAAAGGCCUUUUUUCCUUUUUUUUUUAGAAUAGUUCUUCUUUUUAAGUACUUUUGUGUAACAUCCAGAUAAUGUGAUACUGUCUCUUUGAAGAAUUCUGUAAACCUUUUAGAGAUUUGAAAUUGGGUCUUGACUCUUAAUGCAUGUGGACAGUCGCAAGCGUUCAUGCUGUUGGUGUAUCUGUGUUGAAAAAAAAACUGUAAUCUACAGUAAAGUACAUUCCGUUCAUGGGAAAGCUACCCAAGGGAAUACAAAUAAAAUAUUAUUAUGACUAAGUUGUAAACCUAUGCACAUCCCUUGCAUUUUGGGCAACUUUAUAAAGAAAAAAAACCUGAUUUUUAUUAUUACUAACCAUGUAGUGAAAUGUGUUUGUAAUUUUGUCUCAAUUUAAUUUGUUGUAGGUGGGAGGGGGAGUUACUGGUUUCACCAUUUCAGAUCUGUGUUGUCUGAGAGUAUUACCGUUUUAAUUAAGCAAAGAAACGCGGAUUUUUUUUGUAUGUGAUUGUUAACAAUGCACCCAUCAGAGAGAAAAUACUGUGCAGUGAAGAAACCAGUUUAGGCAUUUGUAAUGAACUGACUAUUCCAAAAGAUUCACUUAGAACAGCCCUGUAAAUUUCCUUAGAAAUGAUAACUCACGAUUCAGUUGGACCAAUUUUUUUUUUUAAAUAUACUUCUUUUUAUGUGUUUAACGA